AUCCUGUUGUCUGGUCAGUCAUGUGAGCGCAUGUGCGAACGUGACAAGAAGACCAGCAGCAGCAGUAGGAGUACUGGAAAAAACAAGCAUCAAGCCACUAGCCUUUUGCACUUUCCGUGGAGCUUGAAGGCCAAGCUUCACCAGGAUGGCAAGUGUGCUGUGCCGAAGAGCUAGACUGGUGUCACAGAUCUCCGGGAUUCAUGUUGCCCAGAGGGUGCCUCUCGCUAGAGCAUUCUCUGCUGCAGGGUCCUCAGGGUCAGACGAGCCCUAUGUAGUUGUAUCGUCACAAGAUACAGGACCCAGAACUAUCUGGCCCGAUGAGCACAUGGGACCAUUUGGUCCACAGGACCAGCGUUUUCAGUUGCCAGGCAACGUAGGCUUUGCCUGUCACCUAGAGGGCACAGGGACCCAGCUGAAGGUCCCGGUCCAUCGGACGGUCCCCGAUGUCCUGUCCGCCACGUCCAGCAGCGAGAGACACGAGUUUGUGCUGGCACAGUUUGUGUCCGAGUUUCAGGGAAAGGAAAUUCCUCUGGUGGCCCAGCGAGUAAACCGAGCUGAACAUUACUUUGACCAUUCAAACAUCGAGUGCUCAAUGCACCCGUGCCCAGAGCUGCUAAAAAAAGAUUUGGAGUUGUUUUUCCCAGCAGCCCCUGCUGGUAGUGUCACCAUUGUCACGGUGACACAGAAGACCCUGGGAAUGGAGGGUGAGGAUUUGGACCUUGAGAGGCAACGGCUCUUAGAUAAGUUUGUUAGCGGUGCUAAAGAAUUAUGCUUCACUUUAUGGAGAGGUGGAUUCUGGGCGGACUUCAUAAAUCCCACUACAGGGCUAGCGCACUUUGGCUACAUCUCCAGCGACAGUGUCUUAAAGAUGGAGGAGCCGGUGCGUCACCUGGGCUUCCGCAUUGAGGACCUGGGCUCCUGCAAGGUCAUCAGGCACGUCUUUAAGGGCACGCAGGCCUUCACAGGGACACUCUUCACUAACGCGCCCUCUAACAGCCACAUCAUGGAGAGGCUGCAGGGACACCCGAAUGCAUUUGAGGAAGCGGACAUUUAAGCUUUCCAUGCUCCAGUGAAACACACAGACACACAGACACACAGACACACAGACACACAGACACACAGACACACAGACACACAGACACACAGACACACAGACACACAGACACACAGACACACAGACACACAGACACAUUCUCAAACUGUGAACUACUGUUCUUACAGCUGGAAGUUGACUUUGGUUAACUUUUAAUUAAAAAAAAAAAAAAAAAAAAAAAAAAAACGUAAGAAAUGGCAUAAACCUUACGACAUACUAAUCCGUUAUAAGGGUCCCUUCUUUUGUAAGGGCAGCCUUCAGUUCUUGUGUUUGUGUUGUUUCUCCACGACUGACCGGCUUUUACGCUGACAACACUUGAAGUGUUUUCCACACGAUGUGUGGAGGGAGAGGUCGAGAGGACGCUCCCCAUACUUGAUCCAGCCAAAGGACGGUGCUCUGGCGGUCCUCAGAUGAGCUCUGGAGACCAUGUGGCGUUGGACUCCUUGGCAGCUGAUUUCACAACGACACAAUACUCUCAUCAUGUCUGUUGAGUGCUUGUAGUGUUCUGUGUAGACUUUGUCUGGAAUAAAAAUCAGCACCCCCUGAGACGGACAGAAGUCAUGGACGUCCUGCUGCUAAAGGGUUAUAAAUGGCGAAUGGAGACCCUAAUCGUGACCCUCCACCUCUCACACACACUGGAUGUAAUAUAGCAUGAAGGUUUCCGUCGCGUACUCGGAGCUGAUUCCUGGAGAUGCAGAGCUUUAAAAAUCAAACCGUCUCUAGGGGGCGCUGUUUCCUGGAACUGUUAAAAGAUAAACAGAAUUGUGUAGUGUGAAGUGCACUGCAACCUCAAGAGUGCUCAGUACACAUCUGUACACGAGAUCUUUACACUCAGAGAAGGUUUCCUAAUAAAGGGGAAAGUACAUAAA